GCACACAUCCCCAUAUAAAUUCCUCAUCCAAAAUUAGGGUUUUGCUCUCUCAAAACAUUCAUUUUUUGUUUUGCCUCCAUAGCCGUCUGGUGCUCUCUCUCUCACUCUCCUCCUCUCCGCUCAUCCAAUCAUGGCCGUCGGUAAGAACAAGAGGAUUUCCAAGGGAAAGAAGGGAGGCAAGAAGAAAGCAGCUGAUCCUUUUGCAAAGAAGGACUGGUAUGACAUCAAGGCCCCAUCAGUGUUCACUGUCAAAAACGUUGGCAAAACCCUCGUCACUCGUACUCAGGGAACUAAGAUUGCUUCCGAAGGACUCAAACACAGAGUCUUUGAGAUAUCAUUGGCUGACCUUCAGGAUGAUGAGGAGCAUGCUUACAGGAAGAUCAGAUUGAGAGCUGAAGAUGUUCAAGGGAGGAAUGUUCUGACAAAUUUCUGGGGAAUGGAUUUUACAACAGACAAGUUGAGGUCUUUGGUGAGGAAAUGGCAGACAUUGAUUGAAGCUCAUGUGGAUGUGAAGACUACAGACAAUUACACCUUGAGGAUGUUCUGCAUUGGAUUCACCAAGAGGCGCCAAAACCAAGUCAAGAGGACCUGUUAUGCCCAGUCUAGCCAAAUUAGACAGAUCCGCCGCAAGAUGAGGGAGAUCAUGAUCAACUCAGCAUCAUCUUGUGAUCUGAAGGAAUUGGUGAGGAAGUUCAUUCCUGAGUCAAUUGGCAAGGAUAUUGAAAAGGCAACCUCAAGCAUCUACCCUCUACAAAAUGUAUUUAUCCGGAAAGUAAAAAUCUUGAAAGCUCCAAAAUUUGACCUUGGAAAGUUGAUGGAGGUUCAUGGUGACUAUUCAGAGGAUGUUGGUGCCAAGGUGGAUAGGCCUGCUGACGACACAAUGGCUGAAGCCCCUGCUGAACUAGUUGGAGCCUGAAUGAAGGAUUCUGAAAUUGCCCUUUAGCUUUUACUUUCUUGUUUUUUUUUUUGGUGGCUCUGAGAUUUUGUUGCUCGCAGUUUAUGGAGAACUUGUUUAUUUAAACAUUCCUCCUAUUUUGUUCCUACCUGUCAGAAUUAGAGUGGUUUUGUCAUUAAGAGACAUUUUUGUCCGUUUAAUUUAGACUACAUUUUGUUAUCUUUACCAACCAAAUCCGUAUGUAAUGAGCAUGAAACACUUAUUUUCACAUAAACCCCUAGAUUUUCAUC